GCACUGGAACAGGCUGCCCUGGGAGGUUGUGGAGUCUCUCUCUCUGGAGAUAUUCAAGAACCAUCUGGAUGCAUUCCAGUGUGAUCUACUUUAGGUGGCCCUGCUCUGGCACGAGGGCUGGACCGGAUGACUGUUCAAGGUCUCUUCCAGCCCCUGACAUUCAAUGAUCCUAUGAUUUUUCACACACGAAGUUAAACUUCAAACUCUAGAAAAGAAACGUUGUGGGGGGCUGUUUUUUUCAACUUUCUCCUAAAGUACGUUUCUGCUCUGGGAACUAAUGAGGCAGAUGUACUUCUUAUGUAUCGGUGCUCAGCCAAAGGUAAAGCCUGUUGUAAACUUAGAGAGGCGCAGGCUUGUCAGCACUUGCUGCUUAACACAGCGGCCAGCUCCUACCAGAUCAGAAGCUGCUUUUGAAUGGUUGCAGAUGAAGCAGAUUUUUUUUUCUUGGAUUAUAGAUGCAUUAUCCAAAAUUCACAGAAAGUUCAUUCCAUUAUGCAAGAGCUGUGACUCAGGCUGAUAGCUGCCGUUUGGCAGCUGCCAGAGUAUCUCUUACCACCACCUGCUGGAAGUCACCAAGAGCUGCAACGUCUGUCAGAAGCGCUUGGUACCGUCUUUAGGUUGUGCAAGUAGUGAAUCAGAAUGGGAAGCACGGAUGUCCUAGUGAAAUAUGUACUGAUAAAUUUUAUCUUCUCCCAUCAGCCCAUUUGUCAGGCGGCUUAUAAUAACGAUUUCAAUGAAGUUCAGAUACUUUUGGAGGGCAACAGCAACUAUCUGAACAUCCAGGACAGCUUUGGUGGAGACACUCCCUUGAUUUGUGCAUGUAAGCAGGGAAACAACAGGAUAGUUAGCUAUCUUCUAAAAAGAAAUGCUGAUGUCAACAUCAGAAACAAGAAGGACCGCACCUGUCUGCAUUAUGCUGUAAGAAAACGGUUUACUUUCCUUGACUAUGUGCUCAUCAUAAUCCUCAUGCCAGUUAUGCUUAUUGGAUAUCUUCUCAUGGUCUCAAAGACUAAACAGAAUGAAAAUCUGAUCAAGAUGUUGCUUAGAGCCGGGGUGGAUGUUAAUGCUGCAGACUUUUCUGGUAGCACAGCCCUCCACUAUGCUUGUGAAAUGAAAAACCAGACAAUCAUUCCUCUACUGCUUGAAGCUCAUGCAGACUCCUCUGUAAAGAAUCAGGAUGGGGAGACUCCCUUAGAUAUAGCAAGAAGACUGCAAUUCCACAACAUUGAAGACAUGCUAAGGAAAAAUUCCUAGUCAUCAAAGACUCUUGAGCAUGCAAAAAGUAACCUCAUCAGACAAUCCAUCUUACACAGCAGCAAGAGUCCUGCAGAAGGUUGAGGACUGUGAUUUGAUAAACACUUGGUUUAAAUCUAGCCAUUCCUUGCUGCAGACUUGACUAUUGUAAAGGGUUAACUCUCUUGGGGGGUGGUCUUGAACCUUACCCCAGGUCCUCCUGACUCCUGUCUGGGGGUGGGUCUGAACCUGACCCCAGGUGUAAUGGUUAGCCCACUCCCAUUUCCUGUCUACCCCCCUAUAAAAACAGAGAAACUCUUUCUUUCUUUCUUUCUUUCUUUCUUUCUUUCUUUCUUUCUUUCUUUCUUUCUUUCUUUCUUUCUUUCUUUCUUUCUUUCUUUCUUUCUUUCUUUCUUUCCUUC